AUGGUUAUUAUCCAGCAUAGUCAGAACAGAAACUGCUCCCUUCAACAUUGGAAUGCACGAGGAGUUCCCAUCCUGAGGGCCAAUGAGUUGGCUUCCAUCAAGGUUCGGGGUAUUUUUAAUGAAAUGGUGCUGGUCCUAGUCUGCAUUGACUCUGAGUCCGACUCCCAGCUGUUGGAAAUCGUGGCCGACGCCUUAGACACCAUGAGGCAGGAAAGAAUCAUACUGUGGAGCCAAAGAGAACCCUCUAAGGAGUUACUAGAUCACAUCUCCAGGCUGUCCAUCAAGUUUAAGUUUGCUCAAAUACUUAUGCUGGCAAUGGCCGAUAAUACCGAAGGAAAUCCAACAUUGUACCGAAUGAAUCCGUACCCGACUCCUCAAUUUAAAAAUGUAUCUAACAUCAAAAGUCCAGUUUUCCUAGAAUCUGGCUACAACUACUAUGGUAUGACGGCCCUCGUGAGGUCAAGUGCGGACUCAAACAUUCGGUUUUAUGUGAGCACCUUGACUGGAAGUAUACCCAUAUCUCACGUGGAAGACUUCGAAAUCAUUGAGUUUGCCAGAACCUAUAACUUGACUUUGAAAUUGUGUGAUGAAAAUGAUACAACGGCCCGGGACUUUGAUAUUCAGUUCGGUCAGCGCUUUAUAACACGAAACUUUCCCAACCAGAUGGACUUCAUAAACCCCUCCACCGCCUCCUCAUUGAUAGUUAUAGUGCCCUGCAGCCGGCAGUGGCGUUUCGUGGAUGUCCUCCAGAGAUUGGGUGCACCGACACUGUUUUUGUGCCUUCUGGCGGUCUACGUGGCCUUUGUUUCGAUGGAAAGCCUCAUACUGUGGCUAACACACCGGAUAUCCGGCGAAACAGGCAGGAUGGCCAACUUAAAUCCCCUACUGAAUCCGCGUGCCUUUCGGGCCAUUUUGGGCCUAUCAUUUCCGGAGAUUCGCAGAUCCAGUACUCCACUACGUCAACUCGUUUUGGCCAUUAGCGUUUUUGGCUUUAUCUUCAGCAAUUUCUUUAGCUGCAAGCUGAGUGCUCUGCUCACAAGGCCAGCCCUCAAUGCCCAAGUGCGAAACUUUGAGGAGUUGCGGGCCAGCGGAUUGAUAACCCUUACAGACGAGUACACCCACUCCUUUAUAGAGAGUGAAAUCGACCCAGAGUUCUUUCACGAGGUCAUACCGAAUUAUUUGAUUAUUCAGGACUCCUAUCAGCGAUCUAUCGGCGAAAGGGUAUAUUGCGGCCCAGAGAACUUAACCAUAGCCUGGAAUAUUCCAAGGAUGUACGUUCUGGGCAACAACUCCAUUGUGAAAUGGAUGCUGUCACGGCCAGCGCGAGGAACUGAGUUUCCGCAGCUCAAGUAUCUGAGCAGAUUUGUUCUUAAUAUAAUCAAGGAGGAAAAAACUGAAACGAUUGUGAUUUUCAAACAUCACCUAAACAACAAUUGCUCUCUUCAGCACUGGAAUCCCCAUGGAAUAGCCAUUAUUAGAACCAACGACCUUGAAACGUUCAGGAUGAAAGAUACUUUUAACAGUCGCGCGUUGGCCAUUAUUUGCAUUGAAAAAAGUUCAGACAAUAAUUUGUUGGAUAAUGUGGCUGAAGCCUUUGAGAGCAUGCGAACACAGAGAAUAAUAUUGUGGACACAAAUGAAGCCUACGAAGGAGUUUCUCAAAAAGAUUUCAAGAAAAUCCACAGAUUUUAACUUUUUGAAUCUCAUUGUCUUGAAUGACAAUCCAGAGGAAGAGGUAUCAUGUCAUCGCCUGAAUCCAUUUCCUCAUGCCCAUUUUGACAGAAUCGAAAACAUUUCGAAGCUCGGUGGUUCACUUUUCAAACGCGUAGAAUACAAUUUCCAAGGAAAGACGGCUACUGUGAAGCAUGAUUAUAAUUGGAGUCCAAAAAUGGGAGACACACAUAAGAACUUGCGAAAGCUCCCCAUCACCCGAAUCGAGGACUGGGAAGUCAUUGGGUUUGCACUGAAACACAACCUCACUUUGCACUUUCAGAAGGAAACCCCCACAAACAAAGAUCGCUUUGAUAUUCAGCUAAAAAAACGUAUCAUUACCAAAAAUGAUUACUCCGAGCUAACGGACUAUGUGAACCCAUUCUGCUCCUCGUCGCUGGUGGUUGUGGUUCCCUGUGGCACCUCUAUGAGUUUCCAGGAUGUUCUCAAGCAGUCUGGUAUCCAUAAAUGGAUUUUGUACAUUGUAAUUGUCUAUGUAAUUUGCGUGCUGAUUGAGCUCUUUAUUAUUAAGGUGACCCUAUGGAUUUCUGGAGAAGCCUCCCACCUGAAGAUCCUAAGCCCACUUGUCAAUCUUUGCGCCUUCAGAGCCAUUUUGGGCCUAUCGUUUCCGGAACCUCGAAGGUCGAGCAUUUCGCUACGUCAACUCUUUAUGGCCAUUACCAUUUUCGGAAUGGUGUUUAGCAGCUUUAUAAACUGCAAGCUAAGUGCAAUGCUCACAAAACCCUUUCACAGACCCCAAGUGACUAACUUUGAGGAGUUGCGAGAUAGUGAUUUGGUUGUACUAGUCGAUGAAUACGCAAACGAUUUCUUGGGAACGGAGUUCAAUAAUGAGUUUUAUCAGCACUAUAUGCCGAGAAAAAGGAUUUUGCCAUUAUUAGAGAGAGUAAAGCUUGUGUUUCUAUGCAAUAGCAGGUACGCCGUAAUCAUGUUUUCCGACAAUUGGCAAUCUUUGGAUAACCAUCAGCGAUCCAAAGGAGUGCGAGCUUUCUGCUCCUCUAAGGAUUUAAUCAUCGCUGAGAAUUUGCCGAGAAUGCAUUUUCAGCAAAAUAAUUCCAUAUAUCACAGUCCGUUGAGCAGGUUCAUAACGACUAUGCAAGAGUCUGGACUUUACAACCACUGGUUUGAGAGGAUUCCAAAAAUUCUCGAAAAGAAAGUAAAUCAAACUAUUAUCCCCAACAUCAGCGGGCAGAAAAAUGCUCUUUCCAUCGGACAAUUUCAGUGGUUAUGGUACUUGCUCAUUGUGGGCUAUAGCAUCUCGAUAGUAGUAUUUCUUGGUGAGGUCUUUCUAAAAAAGUGGAUAAAACCUUAA